AUCGUGUAGUGGGGAUCAUAUAGUCCAACCUGUCCUUUACACAACCUACGUUUCGACAUUUCCCGAAAUUAUUCAGUGUGCCAAGUGCUGUUUCUCAUCUUUUGACGUCAUUUUACAUAUUGUAUCUAAAGAAAAUACGAUUUUCCUUUUUUUAUUGUAAUUUUUUCCCUUCGCCAUUGUAAAAUUAUUUGAUAAAAAUGAUACCAAAUUGUCUCAGAACUGCUAGUACGCAGAUAUCUCGAAGAAACUUUGGAAAUUGGAAUGAGGUAAUCAACUUCUUUAAUAAAAAAAACAAUUAUGCAACAGAAGCCAGUUUUGAGACAAAACCUUUUCGCUUACAUAAAUUGGAUACUGGUCCAUCUAAUCAUGUAACAGUAACUAAAAGUGAUGCUUUAGAAAUGUAUAAAAAUUUGCACACAAUACGACGCUUAGAAACAUCAGCUGGAAAUUUAUACAAAGAAAAAAUUGUCCGAGGUUUUUGCCAUUUAUAUUCUGGUCAAGAAGCUUGUGCUGUUGGUAUGAAAGCUGCUCUCAGACCACAAGAUGCUGUAAUCACUGCUUACCGUGCACAUGGUUGGACUUAUUUAAUGGGUAUAGAUCCUGUAGGUGUUCUCACAGAACUUACUGGAAGGCAAUCAGGUAAUGCUAAAGGCAAGGGUGGUUCUAUGCAUAUGUAUGCUAAAAAUUUUUAUGGAGGAAAUGGUAUUGUGGGUGCUCAGGUACCAUUAGGAGUUGGCAUUGGAUUUGCUCAAAAAUAUCUGAACACUGGAGGAGUGUGUUUAUCCCUUUAUGGAGAUGGUGCAGCAAAUCAAGGACAAGUAUUUGAGGUAUAUAACAUGGCAAAAUUAUGGGAUAUUCCUUGUAUUUUCAUUUGUGAAAAUAAUGGUUAUGGAAUGGGUACUAGCGUUGAACGUGCUUCUGCGAGUACAGAUUAUUAUACGAGAGGGGAUUAUGUCCCUGGCAUUUGGGUCGAUGGUAUGGAUGUUUUGGCUGUAAGAGAAGCAACAAGGUUUGCUGUAGAAUAUUGUACGUCUGGAAAAGGACCUAUUGUUAUGGAAACAGCUACAUAUAGAUAUAGUGGACAUAGUAUGUCAGAUCCGGGAACAAGUUACCGUACUAGAGAUGAAAUUCAAGAAGUACGACAAACAAGAGAUCCUCUUACAAGUUUCAAAGAGAGAUUACUGAGUUCAAAUCUUGCAACUGCCGAAGAACUUAAGGCGAUGGAAAGUGAAAUAAGGAAACAAAUAGAUGAUGCAGUAAAAAUUGCAAAAGCAGAUAAAGAAAUUCCAUUAAGUGAAUUAACUGCUGAUAUUUAUGUCAAUUGUCUAGACAAUGAAGUUCGAAAUGUCACACCAUUUAAACCAUUGCAACACAUCAGGUUGAGCACUCCUGUUAAUCUAUAAAAAAAAUUAGAAUCAUUGCUACACGUUAUGUGUUGAACAUGUGCAUUAAAAUCUUGUGCUCAUUUUAAUGCUUAUUAUAAUCUUCAUAUUCAUAGCUCGUCAAAGUGUUGACUUUUUUCUAUAUUCAGGAAGAAGGAAAUUACAGUUAUAUAUCAUUUGUGUCAAUCUACGUUUAUUAAAUUAAUUUAAUAUAAAAGUUAGGAUUUCUUAAAAUUAUACUCUGUAUAUUUCUUGUAUAAUAGAUUAUUUAUAGGAACAAAUAUUAGCAAAAUACAUGAAGCAUUUGGGAAGAAAUCUAGGCUGAUAAUAGCCUUAUUAAUAAAACAGUCAAUGAGGGAGAA